AUGCGGUAUUUUGCCUUCUACUGUGUCCCGGUCGAUAUGCAAAAUCUAGUCCGUGAACGUAACGCACUUCCUGUGCUCCCCAUCUUGCACCGGCCCAUACUGGAAGCCCCAUUCCAGCUCGCCCGAAGCCUCGUCGUACCAGGGGAAUCGGACCACGGCCGCGAAGCGCAGCGGGUUGCCGGCCUUCCCAUCAGGAGGUCCCCUGCGCCGACCAGCUCGCCCCCGGGCCGCCGCGACGUACGCCUCCAUUUCCUCCAGGGAGCCGUGCCGCGCGAUGCCCGCCUCGCGAGCGGCGUCGUAGUCCACCAGGAUCUGCUUGUUCUGCAGUCUGACGCCCUCCGGCGAGUACCUCCCGCCCAGGGUAAGCAACCGCGGCAGGGAGUUCACGGUACUGCUGUCGAGCCCGAAGUAGCGGCACGCCCACUGCCGCCCUACGGGCAGGAAUGA